AUGGAAAAUGUUUGUGAACGUGGCUCCAGAUUAAGAAGCGUGUCAGAAAAGUGUUGGGGUGCCACUAAUUAUUAUUCGGGAAAAGAGGCUGUUUUACGUGGCUACUCUAGGCCGGUUUGGCUAUGUUUUGGUCAUGCAAAAAAAUUGCAAGUGGAAAGUCAUAGGAGGUGCUGUUUUCCGAGUGAAAAUGCCUGCACGCAAAGGAACAAUUUACUGCCAUGUCCGCAGAGGAUUCUCACCGUAGCAGCAAACCUAGAAAACUACCAAGGAGGUGCAUUUCUUUGCCAAGGCCACCUAAAUCUCGUGGACGAAGCUCCCAUAUUUACCAACCACGCUCUCUACAAACCCCCUACUACGAGAAAGGUAUGUUUCUUUUACACUCAAACAACAGUCAAAAUGUAGAGAAACAGGACAUACAUUCUUAGUUUGUUUUAGAAAAUAUUCAUAUUUUGCAUUAAAUUUUGCCCUAUACAUUUGUAGACAAAAUGUACUACUUCAGUCCUAUGUACUACCCCAGAAAAGAAAAUAACUUGGACGGAUGGAACCUCUCAGACCGCCCCUUUGCAGAGUGUUAAUGAGCUAGCAGAGGCAAAACAAUUAAUCACCAAAUUACAGCGCGAAAAUGCAGCAUUAAAAGAAAGAUGCAACAAGCUAGAAGGUAUUGUAUUGACGUACUCUUAAUUUCCACACAUUCAAAACAAAGACGACUAGUUUCAACCUUUUUUUAAUUAAUUUUCAGAGCCAACUUUUGAUGAGCAGUUCAAAACGUUCCACAAGUGUCUCACUAAACAUUACAAGGAUGGAGGGCAGCGGCUAUACGACCCUGCAGACAUGGAAAAAUUUGCCAACAAGUGCACCCCUGGAUUGUUCAACCGUGCCUUGUGUCUAGUCAAGAAUGAUGAAAAACAACAGCUUUCUAAGAAAAGACAUGAAAUACUGAGACUGCGAGUUGUGGCACUGCUUCAUCAGCUGUCUUACUUUAGAAACCAAGUGUGUAUAAUAAUAAUAAAAAAUAAAAUAAAUAAUAAUACUAAUAAUGAUAAUGGUAAUGAUAAUGAUAAUAAUAAUAAUAGUAAUAAUAAUAAUAAUAAUAAUAAUAACAGGAACCAUACUUUAGAAAGCCACUUAAAUUAAAUUAAACACCAUGGUGUGUAACAGACACAAGUGUUGCUUGUUUGUUUUCAACAGAAAAACAAUCCCUUACAACAAGACUGUGGGUUGCACUUGUCCUUUCAUGGUGCCAGUGAUGAUGCUUUGACAGCUGGCUCACUUCUAGGGUUUAGCACUCACCCGAGAAGUUAGUCUCCUUCGCAGCCGUUAUUAGGGUCGUCACUCGUCACGCAACGCUCCUCAGGAGCGUUGCGUGACGAGUGACGACCCUAAUAACGGCUGCGAAGGAGACUACCGAGAAGUGUGCUAAAUCAUAAAAAAGGAUUGUCUGGAAAAAGCAUUCACAAGACACAAGCGAUCGUUGAGAGUGCCAUAAAGGUACAUGUAUUUACGAACUGAAACAAUUCAUUAUUAAACAUCUGCCACUGCACAACACCUUGGCCAAAACAAUAAGUUGACACAAGGUGAGGUGGCUGGAUGUAAAGAAGCAGGGGCUAAAUACAAGGCACAAGGACCAUGUAACAAGGAGACAAAAACAACAAAAAUAGAGUGAUUGUAUUUGAACCGUGAAACAGAUAUUAACAAACAGUGCAAAAUAGCAAGAGGUAAACAAAAGAAGACAAUGGAAUUAAUACAUAAUAGUGCGUAGUAUUCUUCUACCUGUUUCACGGUUUAAGUAAAAUGACUUUAAUUUAUCAGUCCAUAGAUGUACACUGAUCCAGUUAAAAAUUUCCUCCCCAACAGAACAACAACUUCCUCCUGCUCAUUAUAGAUGAUUUUCAUUGUGUCCAGUCUAUAAAAGACCCCACACAGAGCCAGCUGAGCAAGUGCCUUCACAUGUGUACUGGAGUAGUGGAUCACCAAGAAUCUAUACCGGCAAUGCCAACAACAAGAAAUGUCCACCGGAUUGUACCUGUCCGAAUUGCUGGGGGUGCAAUUGUUAACUGCCGGGGAGGAAUUGAUGCCAACAAAGUGAACGAGUUGUUUCAAGAGCAUUUGUCAAAUUAUUUUACAUUCAGUUAUUUAGACUCUCUACCUGCUGAUUUCAGCCAGUUUGACCUGACAAAUGUAAACAAAAGUUUAGUUGAAUUAAGGUAUGAUUUACAACAAAUCAGAAACCUAAAAGUCAAGGUAGUGGUCUAAUAGUCAUUGGGUGCCACAAGCUUGUACAAAAAGAAUAAUAUAACACUUUUAAGUAAUAGAUUUUAGUAAUGUAUUUCAUCCAAACUUUUCAUGUCAUUUAACACUUUGGCAUAAAUCAAUGCCACAGAAAUUUUACAAUUAACUGGCACCAUGAAUAUCUUUGUUAUAAAUUCCCCCUCAAAAAUGAAAUUGGCAACUCCCAAUGUCAAUAACUAGUUUUACAUACAGCGCAUCAUAAUUUUUUUCCACAUACCACUUUGCAUUGUCUCACAAUGUAGGAAUUUGAAAUGGAAAAUUUAAUAUUGAAUGGAUAAUUGACUUUCAAAAAAUGUUGCAUAAGGGUGCCAAAAAAGAGCAUGUAGAAUGUUUCAUGAUACAAACAAUAACAAAUACCUUGUAGAGUGUAUACAGAUGAGGCCAGACAUGACUUGGAUUUGCUGUCCAACACUUGGCUAGUUGACGAAUUUGAACAGUCCCUUAAGAGCAUGGCAAAUUAUAGACAAGCAAUGCAGCACCUCAAUGAAGUUUGCCCAUCACUAAGCGAAUACAUGGAAAAGAACCUACUGCUCUUAGCUGGUGAUUGGCCAACAUGGUACUACAACAAGAAGAUUAUAUGCCAGGUUUGGCUUAACAUUUUUAAAACACUUUUAGCAUAAGGAACAAUAAUGAGCAAGGGAUGGCACAAUGGUGAGAGCACUCUCCUCCCACCAAUGUGGCCUGGGUUCAAAUCCCAGCAUCGACGCCAUAUGUGGGUUGAGUUUGUUGUUGGUUCUCUCCUUUGCUCCGAGGGUUUUUUUUUUUCGCUGUGCACUCCGGUUUUCCCCUCUCCUCAAAAACUAACACUGCCAAAUUACAAUUCGACCGAGAAUUAGGUACACAAGGACCACUUUGUGGAUGUGCUACCUCUGAAUCAAUAUAUAUUUAAUAUAAUAUUCACAGUAUAUUUCUGAAGUGAGAUAUUUCAUGCGUAAUGGGCAGUGAAUAUUUUACAACAACUUCUCUGUACUUGGUCAGAUUGAAAAUCUUUGAACAGGUUAAAUUUCAUAGAAGACAUUUACAUAAAAUUCAGGGAAACUGAGCUGGUAGAAAUUUCGUAACUGCUUUGCGUGUGACUUCACGGCUCAUUACGCAUGGAAGAAUGCAGAGAUGAAUCUGAAAUCUACAACUACCAACGGAUUCAACUUUCGAAUAAUAAAUUCAUUAAUGUAAUCUUGGGGGUUAUGCUUGACUUGACUGUAACACAUUACAAAGGAAAAAAAAGUUUCAACCAAAGAUAAAAAUGAGCCACAACACAUACUCAAGGGUAAAUAUUAUUCAAAACUUGGGCAGUCCCAAUAAGAGAACUGCAUUUCAGGAGCAACAAAAAGAAACUACAGGUACGUAAACAAAUACACACUGAGAGAGUCCACUCUAGUUAAACAGAAAACAUUUACAUGUCUGUUAUUCUUAAUUACUUAAUAGUAAUAUAUACUUAUACUUUCAAAGUUUGAUUAUGAACAUUAGCUAAAAAAAAGUUGCUUACUCUACAGUGGAAACCCGAUGUUGACCCAGACAGAGUAUUGUCAGUGGUGCCAUGGCAGGGGCCCUUCCAUAUCUGUCUGAACUCACAAGAAGAUGUUGUGGCAAAUUUCCACUGUUUUUUUGAAAAGCUGUACAAACACUUGUUUGGUCAAAGAAAAGUGUUGCCUUCCAAGCCUAAACCACACAGAAUUUCGACUCUCAUCACUACAGCAUUUGGUGGAUGGCUGACUGUAAAAACCGCUGUUCUGCCUGCAUUUGGACAAUGCAAAGACCCAGAAUAUGUCCUUCUUGUGUUUCUCCUGGAUGAAUUGGUUCCACUUUUGUUUUACUUUUAUUCAGUUAUCUUUCGAGGCGGUGACCAAAGGAAGUGGGUUGAUGCCAUGAUACGGUUAGCCCUCAUGUUUACCAUCCAAAGGCGGCGUCACUAUGACAAGGCCACCCUGUGUCAGUUGAGCGACCUUGUACACCAGCAAGAGGCCAUUCCCAACUUCCAGGAGCUACUGGAGCAAUGGCUCAAUGAGCUAACAGAAAAGAAAGUGGAAGUUUUCCAUUCACUUCUUCGAAGGUAACAUAAAUGUACCUAGGAAAUUCAAGUGCAUAAACGGUUUGUCAAACAUUACCCAGUAUAACAGACAGAUCCUAAUAAUGUGCAAUAUUGCCCCAGGGGCAACAUGUUUUUUAACAAUGCCACAUAUUUUUUUUACCUGCAAAGUUCCUAAAUGUGGUUUGAAUAAAACUAUUUUUCAUCUGUGUGCUGUUGUUUUAAAUGAAAUUAGUCGAGGCCACAGCCCUUGAUAUGACUGUCAAAUGACAGACAAUGUCAGCGUGCAAAGACAGUUGUGUCCGAUAGCCCACGGCUAGUAGAUUUUGCUAUUGGGCUAGUGAUUCUUGUUCGUAACUUGCCCAACAGGCAAGUGCUGUUUUUUAGGCAAAUUCAAAUUACAGAAGGAUUGGAAUCAAUCCUGCUAAUCAAAAAGGGUUUUACGGCUAGUUGAAAUGACUUGUGGGCUAGUAAAUGCUAGCUACAGCUGCGGCAUCUGUAAAACUGAGUUUCUUUGCACCCUGGAAUGUCAAGGAAAAUAAACUUUUGAAAAAUUCAAAUAAGCCAAAAGUGUUACAUUAAUUUCAGCUAAGUCACUAAGAUAUUUCAUUGUCCUUGAAUUGUCAGAUCAGUUCCUCCAAAUGCCACAGCCAGCCAAGUUCAGGCAGCUGCAAAGGCCAUAAGUGCAAACAGAUGUGCAGAAGACUUUUGUACCUGGUUCCUUACCAAUAAUCCAAGAGGCACGGGUGUCCGGAACCUAAGGGACCUAUCAAACAAAGCAGCUGAGUUUCUUCUUGACUUGUUCAUCUCUGUGAGGCAAAACCUUGGAAACUCUGCAAAAAUACCCAGAGGACAAAAGAAAUAUCAGGUAGAAUCCAAUAUGGCUGUAACAACCCAUUCCAUAACAAAACAAAGCAUUUCCUAUACAAGAUAAACCUGAAACAAACCUUUAUCUUUUUCCAAUGCAGCCUUAUUAUCUACCCUCUCUUGAUGCAACUGUGGACCAAAGAAGCUUCCCCUUAGGGUAUGCCUGGAAGGGUCAAGAACCAGACCCACUGUUGGCUUGUGAUGCAGCAGAUUGCAGAGCAGAUGACAAUCUCCUACUUGCAGUUCAGCGCUUCAACUGUGGCCACACAUUUCACAAAAGUUGUCUUGGUAGUUCCUCAAACUGUAACGAUCAUAACUACUCGAUACUGUAUGGUGUCAAGUGCCCCAUUUGCUCUGAGCAACUUCCUUUAAGAAUCCAAGAACUUACAGACAGUUUCAACAAAGGUUUACUGGCAGGAAAUGAUGAAACUGACGGAAGCAAUGAUAAUCAUGAUGACGACGAUGAUGAUGGAAGUGACAACUCAGAUGAUGAUGACAGUGAUGAUGAU